AUGGGGGAUUGGAACUUAUUGGGUGGCAUCCUAGAGGAAGUUCACUCCCACUCAACCAUAGUGGGGAAAAUCUGGCUGACCAUCCUCUUCAUCUUCCGAAUGCUGGUACUUCGUGUGGCUGCUGAGGAUGUCUGGGAUGAUGAACAGUCAGCAUUUGCCUGCAACACCCGGCAGCCAGGUUGCAACAAUAUCUGUUAUGAUGAUGCAUUCCCUAUCUCUUUGAUCAGGUUCUGGGUUUUACAGAUCAUCUUUGUGUCUUCUCCUUCUUUGGUCUAUAUGGGCCAUGCACUUUAUAGGCUCAGGGCCUUUGAGAAAGAGAGGCAGAGGAAAAAGUCACACCUUAGAGCCCAGAUGGAGAAUCCAGAGCUUGACUUGGAGGAGCAGCAAAGAAUAGAUAGGGAACUGAGGAGGUUAGAGGAGCAGAAGAGGAUCCAUAAAGUCCCUCUGAAAGGAUGUCUGCUGCGUACUUAUGUCUUACACAUCUUGACCAGAUCUGUGCUGGAAGUAGGAUUCAUGAUAGGCCAAUAUAUUCUCUAUGGGUUUCAAAUGCACCCCCUUUACAAAUGCACUCAACCUCCUUGCCCCAAUGCGGUGGAUUGCUUUGUAUCCAGGCCCACUGAGAAGACAAUUUUCAUGCUUUUUAUGCACAGCAUUGCAGCCAUUUCCUUGUUACUCAAUAUACUAGAAAUAUUUCAUCUGGGCAUCAGAAAAAUUAUGAGGACACUUUAUAAGAAAUCUAGCAGUGAGGGCAUUGAGGAUGAAACAGGCCCUCCAUUCCAUUUGAAGAAAUAUUCGGUGGCCCAGCAGUGUAUGAUUUGCUCUUCCUUGCCUGAAAGAAUCUCUCCACUUCAAGCUAACAAUCAACAGCAAGUCAUUCGAGUUAAUGUGCCAAAGUCUAAAACCAUGUGGCAAACGCCACAGCCCAGGCAACUUGAAGUAGACCCUUCCAAUGGGAAAAAGGACUGGUCUGAGAAGGAUCAGCAUAGCGGACAGCUCCAUGUUCACAGCCCAUGUCCCUGGGCUGGCAGUGCUGGAAAUCAGCACCUGGGACAGCAAUCAGACCAUUCCUCAUUUGGCCUGCAGAAUACAAUGUCUCAGUCCUGGCUAGGUACAACUACGGCUCCUAGAAACUGUCCAUCCUAUGCAAUAGGAACCUGGGAGCAGUCCGAGGACCCAGAACCCUCAGGUGAGCCUCUCACAGAUCUUCAUAGUCACUGCAGAGACAGUGAAGGCAGCAUGAGAGAGAGUGGGGUCUGGAUAGACAGAUCUCGCCCAGGCAGUCGCAAGGCCAGCUUUCUGUCCAGAUUGUUGUCUGAAAAGCGACAUCUGCACAGUGACUCAGGAAGCUCUGGUUCUCGGAAUAGCUCCUGCUUGGAUUUUCCUCACUGGGAAAACAGCCCCUCACCUCUGCCUUCAGUCACUGGGCACAGAACAUCAAUGGUAAGACAGACAGCCCUACCGAUCAUGGAACUAUCACAAGAGCUGUUCCAUUCUGGAUGCUUUCUUUUUCCUUUCUUCCUUCCUGGGGUGUGUAUGUAUGUUUGUGUUGACAGAGAGGCAGAUGGAGAGGGAGAUUAUUUAUGGAGAGAGAAAAUUAUUCAUUCGAUACAUUCAGUUAAAUUCAAUUCAUAAAAUAGACUUAGAAA